AUGCCGGACCCAGCUCUGCAGGCGUACCUCGCCGCCAAGUACCUCUCCGGCCCAAAGGCAGAUGCCAUACUCGCCAAGCACGGCAGCGAUGAAAAGGUCAGGAAGAAGCGCAAGCGCGACGACGCAGCGGAAGCCGGCGGUGGUCUCCUCAUCAAGGAUGAGCUCGAGUCGUGGAAGCAAGACGCACCGAGUGGCAAUGUCGAAGGCGAUGCCGAUCCUCAGUUCGUGCGAGAUGGAAAUGUGUCGCGCGAGACAAAGUUUUGCAAAGCGUUCGACAGAAGCAAGCAGGGUGCUAGCGGCGACGACAACCGGCCAGCGACUGCGAGCGCAGAUUGGGUCACUGUCGAGGUGGGUUCUAUGGGUGCUGCGCAGCCUACCGACGAUGGAGUGGCAGCCGUCUUGGACGACAAUGCAAGCGCAUCGACGUCCACAGCAGCGCAGAAACCGAAGCCUCCAUUGGCCCGCGCGGGUCUCAUGACCAAGGAAGACAUUCGCGCGCAGCGACUCGAGCGGGAGCGGGCCGAAGCUGAGAAGCGCGCUCGAGACGAGGCAGAAGCAGAAGCCGCCGCUGCCGCUGGUGUCGAGAUAGCAUCACACCACCAGACGAUCUACCGCGACCGCUCAGGGCGGCGCAUCGACACAGCACAGGAGGACGAAGAGCGACGGCAGGCGGCGUUGCGUGCCCAGGCCAAGCAACGCGAGCGCGCACAGUGGGGCACGGGCGUUGCGCAGCGGGAGCAGGCGCGCGCCCAGCGGGCGCGCCUCGAACAGGCCAGGGGCGAGGCCGUCGCGCGACACGCGGACGACGCGCGCAUGAAUGACCAACUAAGGGCGAUGCAACGCGUCGACGACCCCGCGCUGGCGUUUUUGACCCGAAAGAGCGAGCGUGGACCGUGCAUGCCGCGCUAUGCAGGCCCGCCCGCACCACCGAACCGCUACAGCAUCUCGCCUGGAUACCGGUGGGACGGAGUCAAUCGCAGCAAUGGCUUCGAGCAACUCUAUUUCCAGAAGAUCAACGAAGGCAGCACUCGCAAGCACGAUGCGCAAGCUUGGAGGCAGGAAGACAUGUAG